GUGGAAUAUGCUAACAAUAACACAACGUGUUAAACUGUGUACAUUCUUAUGUUUAUAUUUUUUUGGUGGAAUAAUGUUCAUAUGUGGAGUCAUUUCAGAGAAUUUUAUGAAACAAGAAUUAGAAUUACGUGUGGUAAAUUCUUCAAUAUCUGAAUAUCAAAAUAUUCAUUAUACAUUCAAGUUAAUUGCAUCAACUGGUUUUUGGUUUGAAGUUGAUCAGUUAACUUUUACAUUUGAAGAACCAUCAUUAAAAGAAGAUUUCAGGUAUAUUAAUGAAGAAGGCUUAAAUGAAUGGCAAGACUACUUAUCUGAAUUAAAGUGUUCUGCAUUAAGAAUAUGGUACAAGUGUAUGCUUUCAUGUGAAGCCUAUGCAACACGUAAUUAUGCUUUAAUUUUCGUAUUUAUUGGUUGUAUAUUCUAUCAAUUCAGUGUGUAUAUACUUUACUUAAAUCGUAUCCAAAUGAUACAGACAACUUUAAUCGGGAUCAGUUUUAUUAUCACUGGUUUUAUUCUAUUAUAUUUAAGUUUAUGGGAAUUUCAAAAAUGUCUUGAAAAAAAACAACCGUAUACACUGAGUGAAAUGCGAAGUCAACGUGUGAAACAGCUAUUCUGUUGUUCUAUUGGGCUUAAUUAUCAAAAUUUUUUAAUUUUAUCCAUUGUACAGACAUUUUGUGUUAUACCAAUGUAUUUUAUCGGUAUAGAUAUAAUUGUAUUUGAUUCAGUGAAUUUUUAG